UCUUUCUUAGCUUCUUCUCCAAUCAAGACCGCCGUCCGGUAAUAAAUAAUGAACAUGUUGAAAAAAUAAGUUUCAGAUGUCUGACUUGCACACCACCGUAUCUGGGGCGUGUUGGCGUUGCGGCCUUCAUGGACCGACAGGGCUCGCUGGAAAACCCUUCGUCCGAAGCUGCAACCGUUGUGGCCUGUGGGACACCCUGGAGACAUGCAGUUGACUCGGAGAUAGGGGAGAUACUCCUUGGCCGCUCCGGAUACCGACGAGCGAGGAACUCGCCCUCCGAGCAUGUCCGAGGUGCACGACGGACUCGCAGCACCCGCAGAUGAUUCCAAUUCAGGGAAAGAAUGCCCAAGUCAACCAAACCACUGAAGAUGAGACCACCACAGAGGAAAAGGGAAUGGAAACCGCUGUUCCCCGACCUUGUGGUGGUCAGGCCGAUAAGUCCGCUACCCCCGACUCCUCCGCCGCCUACGCCUACCAGGGAGGAAUUAAUAGCUGAAUUCGGUCAUUUGCUGUCCCAGACACCCCCGGGAGAGGCGAACUGGACGCCGUAUAUGCAAACCCUGGCCAGGAACCUGCGCCUGGUAAAUUGGCCGGCAGACAAGUUUUUCCGACUGAAGCUGCUGGUGGGAGGACAACAUCGGUGGAUCAAAAUCCCGGCCAAUAUUUAGCUCCUACUUUAUUUUUGUUGUUGUUGUUUUGUUUGUUCCGCCGAAUUAAAGUUAAUUUGAAGUCUGAAUUUACUUGUUUUUGUAGACCUUUAUCCCGUGUGCUUCCAGAUUAUUCGAUAUGGGAGAUGCAAACGUAUUGGUGCUGCAGGAGGAGGUAGACUUGGAGGGAGACUUUACACCGCCGGUUCUGGACCCCCAGGAGAAGGCCCCAGUUUAUCUGCCGGUAGCCAAGUACCCUUUGUGCUGGCGCUGCGGGUACUCAGACCACGACCGGCGAACAUGCAGAAGGACCCCGUUGAUGUUCU